GCGCCAUGAGUGACGACAUUACGCCCAAUGCGGAAGUGAAGUGCAACUAAACAGUCGCCCAUCAUUGUCAUCGAAACCGACUUCUCAUCAGCGUCUGGAGUGAUCCUCAACGAUCUCCAUCAUGCUCGGUGGAGGAUUUAAAUCAGAGAGGCUUCGCGUCAACCUCAGGCUGGUCAUAAACCGCCUCAAACUUCUGGAGAAGAAGAAAUCUGAAUUGGCCCAAAAGGCUCGUAAGGAAAUCGCAGACUACUUGUCGGCAGGCAAAGACGAGCGUGCGAGGAUCAGAGUCGAGCACAUCAUCAGAGAAGAUUAUCUGGUGGAGGCCAUGGAGAUUCUGGAGUUAUACUGUGAUCUGUUGCUCACCCGGUUUGGUUUAAUACAGUCCAUGAAAGAACUUGACCCUGGUCUACAAGAAGCGGUGUCCACUCUCAUCUGGGCUGCUCCCCGUCUACAAUCAGAAGUUACAGAACUGAAAAUUGUUUCAGACCAGUUGUGUGCCAAAUACAGCAAAGAGUACGCAAAGCUUUGCAGGACAAACCAGAUCGGAACAGUGAAUGACAGGCUUAUGCACAAACUGAGCGUGGAGUCCCCGCCAAAGAUUUUGGUGGAGCGCUACCUCAUAGAGAUCGCCAAAAACUACAACGUCCCCUAUGAACCUGAUGCCAUGGUUCGGCCAGAGGUGUGUCCGGGGGAAGAGGCUGAUCUGAUCGAUGUGAACAGUGACUUCAGGAAGCCCGGAGCUGGUGGAGGGGGUGGAGGAGGUUUCACCGCCCCCGCUGCGGCCAUGCCUAUGCCCAUGCCUAUGCCCAUGCCCACAGCUUUCAACUACCCUGUACCCAAAGGAGCUGGGCCCUUCAAUGGUCCUGUUGGCACCUAUGAUGGCUUUAGCAACUUCCACCCUCCAGCGAGAGGAGGGCAGCCGCCACAACUUCCCAGCUGCCCACCUACCUAUGAAUCUAUCGAUGAUUUGUCAGUCAAACCCUCUGCUUGUCCCCAGGUGAUGCCAGGCCCAGUCCCAUCUGGCCAAUUCUAUGACAACUCCACCCUUCCCGAGCUUCCGUCUGUUCCCGACACGCUCCCCGCAUCCUCGUUCGGAGGGAACCCCAACACGUCAGACGACAUCGACUUCGACGACCUGUCCCGGCGCUUUGAAGAUCUCAAGAAGAAGACCUAAUUGUCCAGGUCACAUCUGGAGACAGGACAUCUCCCUCCAAACCUCCAGCUGCCGCACAAGACAUCAUCGCACCCUGUCCGUCUUCACGUACACGCUGUUCUCUGUACUUCUGGUGGAGGUGUAAAAUAAUAUUGGUAACAAACAUAAUGAAGGAUCUGAUACUAGAGAAGCUUGUGAAUGGCAGUGGAGAAAGUGUAUACCAAAUUCGCCUAUGACAAAACGCCCGCCCUGCACAAAAGGCCUCGAUGACAACGGAAACUAGUUAGUCCGGUGAUCUGUUAUGUAUUCUAACUUCAGCAGCAUGUAUGACCACCACUAAACAAUAUAUAUUAAACUAUAUGAUCUAUUGAUAAUCAUUCUAUCUGUUAGCUUCCCCAUUUUUACGAGACAGAUGCCUACAGUACUUUCUUUUUGCUUCCAGGACUUUUUGCGUCCUCUUUGAGUAAUAUAGGAAAAAGCAGGUCUAACCUGUCUGCUUUUGUACACCUUGAGUUGUGUAAAGAGCUUAUCUGAUGUCUCAUGAAUGACCGAGCGUAUGACGUAAAGGAGAAAAUGUGUGUGAAUGACACAGCUGUUUUGGCAUUGACAAGUAAAACAGUCUUGACAUGAGAGAUGUGCUGUUGCUAUUUCAUAUGCUCAACUAAACGCCAAAGCUCCUUUGUGUCUAGUGCUCUAAGCACACCUAGUUAAAGAUGCCGUGUUUUAUUUCCCCCCAUUUUGAACGAACAUCCUGUGUGUUAAAGUUAAACAUUUCUUUGUUUUUGUUAAGCAGGUUGUGACUGACGUGAGAAUGUGUUCGAGUUAGAAAUGACACGAGUCGGCUUUCUUUGUGAACUUUUAUUCGGUUUACACUCCAUCUUUAGUUUUGUGUGUGUUUUAAACUGUUAUGGCCUUAGUUAUUCUCGCUUCAGCUGUGGCCUUGCAGUUUCACGUCUGCCUCUGGGAUCUGUGUCCAUCCUAAUAGCUUGUUUAUUGAACUCCAUAUUUUGGAUGAGUAAUUAUUUUUGGUGAGGGUUUUAAAAUAUUUGUAUUUACUUGACAGUCCCGUUGUCAAUGCUAUAUGUUUAUUAUGGAAGAGUAAGACGAGGAAGCCUUUAUAUACGUGUGUGUGUGUGUGGUUGUUUCUCCCUUAACACUAAUUUGUGUGUCUUAAAUCAUCUGAGUGAGAAUCUGGCGUGUUAUGUAUGUUUGAUACUGAUUUUAGCUUGCAUUGAAAACAUGUAAUAAAGUCUAUUUGCUCAUAACAUUUUCAGUUCUUAUCUAAAUUCUUAUUUCU